AAAGAGGUUGUCACAAGCUGAAAAACCAACAAGUACAUUGCAGCUUUUGGUUCAGCAUCAGAGCCCUUUGAAUUCCUAACACUGGAAAUACAGAGCAUGAGAGCAAAUUCUAACAGGCCAAUGAUCACCAGGGCCACACAUCUGAUGUUAAAGUACGUACCUCUGAUGAAACAAUGUGAUACUCUAGUGGCAUUCAAGUAGUUUAAUUGGUUAAUUUAUAAGUAUCUACUCGAAUCAUAUCAUGAUAUUGGAUAUUUAAUUGCAACAAAGCUGGGCCAAUUGGCACUGUUUCACCACAUACCAGCUGCUGAGGAGCAGGCUGGACCAAUUGGCCAAGAGAAUUAUAUACAAUAAUACAAAGUACUUAUUAUGGUAUAAAUCAGAUUGACCACCAUCCCAGGCUGGUAUAAUGUCCCAAAUUAGAGGGGAAGGUGUCAUUUUCCUGGAUUACAAUGGCAUAUUUUGGUUUCUUGUAUGGUAGUAAGACGCUUAAAGAAUAAAAUUUGUGAAAACUACUGAUACUAAAAACAAACUACUGAUAACUACUUAUAUUACAAGAACAUAUUCUACUUUGUUGCAGAAAGCCAUUACCUCACAAUGCACCAUAUCUCAUGUAUUUUAUUUUGUCACUCAAUCACAUUUCAAAACCAAGAACUCGAGUAUUUUCGAUUCUGCUUUGGUGAGGAUUUUGGUCGAGAGAGUAUUAAGAAGAAUUUCUAAGCAUAUUUCUGAGAUACAAAAAAUGUGGGAGUCGUUUUCCACUGCCUUUUGGCCACUACUGUUUUUGUGUUCUUAGCAUGACAACAUGGUUGUCCUCUACUUAAUCUGGCUAAGAACUUGGGACAUAAUUAUCUUGUUGUUUAGUAUCAUACAAAAAGGCUCAAGCUAUAAGCGCUAAGAAUUUUAUAUACAUAUAACAAAAGUUUAAGUGCAUGAAUUGAGAGCACAGAGUAACAAGACAUGAGAAAGGGACUAGAACUUCAAGAGUUAAUUUAGAUUUAAUGAGUCAUCAGCCUUUUCUUAUGGAAAUAAAAUUGAAGAAGACAAGUGGUGGGAAAUUGCAAGUUGGACCAUUUACUGUUGAGUGUUGUCUCCCCCAUUUUCUUAGACGGCAAUGACUUUUUAAGUCCUUUCAUCAUACACUAGAGAAAAUAACAUUGGCUAAGUUUUCCCUGUAAUAGUGCCACUCCCAUAACCAUUUUUCUCUCAUACUCAAAACCUACCAAACUACUUUCUCCUUUCACUUACCUCUCAUCAAACCAUGCUUGAUCACCAGCUAAGAUUCACCGGUAAACCACUCUAUUCUGUGAGCCCUACCCACCAAAUCCAUAGCAGUCAUGACAGUGCAGGAGAUACAGAAUUCGACUUCUGGCUAGGUAGCACUGACAUGGAGAUUCAAGCUCAAACAAGCCUUGUUGAAGAAGGUUUUGAAGCUUACUCACCAGCUUUAUGGGAAAGAAUCGCAUCAAGAAAUAUUGAUUAUGAAUCUUCCCCUUUGCUCCCCCACAACCAUCAUUCUAGUAAACUUUCCUCUACGUCAAGGAAAAAAGCAAUUGCAGAAGGUAGGAGGCAGCUUAUGGAAAUGGUUCAAGACAUGCCCGAGUCUUGUUUCGAGCUCUCUCUGAAAGAUAUUCUCGAUGAGCAGCAUAUCUCUGGAGUUCAAGAGGUGAUCAUUGAAAAGAGUGGAUUUCAUCUUGACACUGAACCUCAGAUGAAGAGGCAAAAUAAAAAGAAAAAUAAAGGCAUUACUAAGGCAAGUCGGGUGUCGACGAUCAGAAGUAUGGACAACAAAACUUUCCUUCUUAACAUGUUCUUCCCAACCUCUUUAGCUUUGAAGAUGAAAUCAAAGGCAGGCAACUGCUCAGAAGUUUCUCCAAGUCCAUCUUUUGAGGAUAGCAAGCAUCAUAUUUACAAGGAUUGGUGGAUGAAAAGGUUUUUGCAAGGAGCAUCCAAUAAAAGAAAUAUAGGGAAUAGCAUGGGUGGAAGCACUAGGAGCAGCAACAGCAGGCUUGAUGAUGCCAAAAUCAUACCUGGUUGCUGGUCCUUCCACACCAAGAAAAACAAGACUAAGAGACGGAGAGGAUGCAUCUUCUAAAUGGAAUACGAUUGUGAACAGCAUAGGAUCUAUAAUCACAGCAGAGUUAUGAUCGGGUUGUGCAUUUGUUCCUGUUAUCCUUCAGCAGCAAAUCUCUCAACUUUUUAAACUAGUCAAUUUCCACAGCUUGUUGCUGAUGGAUAAUUGAAUGAACUGUAGGUGAAGCACGAAUGGCCAGAUGCAGCCGCUGCGCUGAAUAAACUAGUCACUGAAAUUUCAGGUCAGGAAUUAACAUUUUAGACCAUCGUUGUCAUUGGUCUGAAUCUUGGCCUAGCAAAUCCUGUUGAAUAUUGUAUAAUAAAAAUCUCCC